CGCGGGCUGGGCCCCGCCUGCGCGGCCGGAGCUCCGCGCCGGAAGUGACCGGAGCGGGCGGCGGAGAGGGGCGCGCCCCCGGGUGCCGCAGCAUAACCCUUCCGGGCGGGGGCGGCCCUGCCGGGCGGUUCCCGCGACUGAGGCGCGGCGGGAUGGAGUGAGGCGCGGCGGUAAGGAGCGGGAUGGAGUGAGGCGCGGCGGACGGCGCGGGAGCAGCGGGGCCUCGCCCUUCUCCUCAGGCGGGCCGGGGCUAUGCGAGGGCCGCGCUGCCGCCUGCCCUAGGCCCGGGCCGCGGCGGCGGCGGCGGGCCCGGCGGGGGAGCGGCGAGUGGCUGCGGGGCCCGAUGCGGGAGUACAAGGUGGUGGUGCUGGGCAGUGGGGGGGUGGGGAAGUCCGCCCUGACGGUGCAGUUCGUCACCGGGACCUUCAUCGAGAAGUACGACCCUACCAUCGAGGACUUCUACCGCAAGGAGAUUGAGGUGGACUCGUCCCCCUCGGUGCUGGAGAUCCUCGACACGGCGGGUACCGAGCAGUUCGCCUCCAUGCGCGAUCUCUACAUCAAAAACGGGCAGGGCUUCAUCCUCGUCUACAGCCUGGUCAACCAGCAGUCCUUCCAGGACAUCAAGCCGAUGAGGGACCAGAUUGUCCGGGUGAAGAGAUACGAGAAGGUUCCUCUGAUCCUAGUGGGGAAUAAAGUGGAUCUGGAGUCGGAGAGGGAGGUCUUAUCUGCAGAAGGCAGAGCCCUGGCUCAGGAGUGGGGCUGUCCCUUCAUGGAGACAUCAGCCAAGAGCAAAACAAUGGUGGAUGAACUGUUUGCUGAGAUCGUCAGGCAAAUGAACUAUGCCUCCCUGCCUGAAAAACAAGAUCAGUGUUGUACAACUUGCAUCGUCCAGUGAGAGAAAUUAAGAAAAACCUCAAUCAUGGCCAUACAGAGCAGAUAAAACUCAGAGGAAACUUGCACAGAUGCUGCUUUGGAGAACUUUCAGCCCAGGUUGCAGAGCUGAGCCUUGGUAAACCUGUCUCUAUUACAGCACAUUGCCAUACAUCUAAGUGCAUAAGGUUGGUGGCCUCCAGGAUCCACACACCUUAAUCAGAAUGCUUAGCAUGUUUACCAUAAGUUUAAAAAUCUGUUCUUUAUCUAUCAGUCCUUUUAUAGCUUUCUAAGUUCAUAUAAUGGCUAAUAUGCAAGAGUUCAUUUUUAAUAUUUUAAUUGAUUUCUUUAAUCAAUUUCUGAACUUGUAUUUAUUAAAUACUUAAACUCAGUAUUACCUACUCAAUGCCUUUUAAAAGAAGAGAGUUUUAAUGGAGAAUAAAUUGAGCCUUAAACAAAUGGUUACUUCUGUAUAUUACCUCGCAUCAGUGCUUAUUUCUGUUUGCAAAGUUUUCUCCUCCAAUGUAGUUGGUCAUUCUUUGAGACUUUUUGUUUACGUGUGACAGUGUCAUGAAAAGAUACUGAAGGCACCUCUGUUGUAUGGAUGUAGUAUCCCUUUUCUUGGCAAAUGCAGCUGUGACAUUGUGUUUUUGUAACUGGUCUGAUCUGACUGUAGGGAUUACUUGGAACGGGAUGUGAAGUCCUCAGCUGAUACUUCUUUUCUUGCAAUCGUGGGUUUCUUAAACUCAUUCAGUCAAAAAUGACAAUUGUAGCAUUGAAAAAUGGCGGCAUGCUUUUCCUUCUACUGAGUUUCUAAACUUGCUUGUUUACAAAUAGCUUCUUUACACCUUUGAAAAGGGAUAAUGUAUCCUUCAAAAUGGGCUGUAUGUCUAGUCCAUCAGCUCAGCUUUGCCUGGCACAUUAAGAGACAUCUAGUAGACUUCUGCACAUGUAAAUCUAAUGCAAAUAAGAUCACUUUACAUUUUAUAGUUCCUAAUAUUUGUCUUUCUGAAUAAUAUUUUAAAGCAAUAUUUGUUAAAGUUUUUCUUGCACUGUCACAAAUUGCUUUUUAGUUUGUUUUUUUCCCUAAUAAACAAGUUUAAUAUUAGAGACAAGUUGGUGUAACAAGGGGAAAAGCACCAGGUUUCAGUGAUACUAACUGCAAGCGUGCUUUAAACAGCCAUUGCCUUCCUUAUUGUUUACCUGAUCAACAUUUUCUGUGAAUACUUGAAAAUUUUAACAAUAACGCAGGUAUAAAGAGCAGAAUGAAAAUGUACAAAGAACAGAUGAAAUCUUUUUGUUCAGUUUUAUUAACAUGUUGCAUACAUGAGAGCUUUUUCUAGCAGUGGUUUAAAAUGUGUCAUUUUUUUUGCAGAAACUUAAUAACUGCAGCUCACCUACUGCACCAAAGUUCUAGGUUUUUAGGAGCCCAGCUUUAGUCAUUUGAACAUGCUUCUAGAAAUGUACAUUCUUUCCCUGUAAUAGCUAAAUAACUUUGAGAAAAGCUCCAGUAAAAGCAGUGAUGGAUAUAUGAGGUUAAGCAGUUGAAAACUCACGAAUUGUAUUGUGGAUGAUGGCAUUUAAAACAAUAAAAGAUCACCGGUACAGUAUCUCAACAUUAAUGUGUUUUAUUGGUAAUAAUGCAGGCUGGCUUUACAGUGUUAGUGGAAAUAAAGGUUCUGAGUCUACAUUCAGUGUUGAAUUUGAAUCCUGAGAAGAAGAGGACACCAGGUUUUCUGCUUGGGUAUUGAAACACCUGAUUUAUUUUCCUGUGGGGUUACUUGAAUUUUUUCCCCCCCCCCUGUUUGUACAAACUUUAUAAACAGGCUGAGGCUAAUACUUAGGUUUGCACUUUAAUAUCAGAAUUAAACCAAACCUUGUAUUCAAAGUAGAUAAUUUUUUUUGUGAUGGUUGUUGAUCUUUUUUGUAGGUUGUAAGGAAGUAAUAGGAAAUAAAAGUAAUUCAUAAAGAUCUUAGUUUUCCUUUGUCUAAGGGGGAAAAAGUUGGUUAAUAUUAAUCAGUGGUUCAUUCCUAUGGGUAGUUAUCAAACCAGUGUUCAUUGUCAUUGACCUCAGCGCAAAAAAAAAAAAAAAAGAGAAAAAAAAAAAAACCCUUAAACUUGAACUAGCUUAGAGUGACAGGACUGGGAAAACGAGAGAUGGUUUCUUCAGCACACUUUGGGGGGAAAAAGGGACCAAAAGUUAUUUUAGGCUUCCUCAAUAGAUUGCAUGUGAAGUUGCUUAUUAGAGUAAGAGGCUAAUAAUAAAUGCAAUAUGUAUUGUCUUUACUAUGGCAUCUGUUUAGGAGUUGUUCAAAUCACUGCAGUAGGGCUCUACAAAUAAAAAUGUAACCUAACAUCAUGUAUCUAAUGUACUGUAUCUUUAUCAGUGAUAGGUGAAAUCUGGAAUAACAAGUGCAAAAAUGGAACAAUUACCUAUAAUGCUUUGUAAAAAGUUUUUUCCGGUAGAAUUCAUUCUUGUCAUUUUGUAAGACAACCCUACAGUCCACCUGUUUGUAACUUUUUUAAUAAAAUAGAUACCUGUAUUACCAAA